AUGCAAUGCUGGCAGCAGCCUUUCUUGCAUUUCUUGCAGCAGCCUUUCUUUCUUGCAACAGCCUUUCUUGCUGGCAGCAGCAGUUCCUUCAAUGUCUUAAUUCCUACAGUAAAGAGAGAUGAGGAUGGUGAUGGUGAGGGGCCAGGUGACGGGACAGCAGGAGUCUCCAGAGCUGCUGGGAGCCCCUCGGGCUGGGAGGCACCAUGGGUACAGCAGCCCAGAUGCUGCCGCAGGGCCACUCCAGUGUGCUGUGCUGGGCAGGGCCCUCCCAGGUCUCUGCAGCAGGGAGGAAGCGAGGUGUUACUGGGCCAGCUCUGUUCUCCUGAGCCGGGCUGGCUCCCGUCAUCUGGACCUAAAGUGGCCAAACAGGUUUUCCAGGUGGCAGCUGAGCUUCUGCAGCAUCCGGAACACUUUGUUCCUAGUAGUGUCCCGAAGGGCUGUGUUCAUAAGCCAGGUUCAACGUGCGAUGGGGGCCUGACAGAGAGGGCGUAUCCUUCAUGUGUCCCCAAGCGUGACCCGGAGCACUCCAGAGAAGAAAGUCACCCUCUGUCGGGUUAA